AGAUCAGGAUGCAUGAAUUCUGGGUAGGAGGAUAGGGGCUGAAAUAAGAGAGAGGGAGAGAGAAAGAGAGAGAGGGGGAAAGAGAGAGAGAGAGGAGGUAAAAAGGCAGGACAUAGUAGGACAGAGUGUGUUGGAGAGCGGCACACAGUAGCACACUGCUGUGUUGUGGUUAUGGAGAGAGCAUGGGAGCAGCCGGACCAAAACAAAAGAAGAGAAGGGGGGGAUACAGUGAGGACACCGCUUUGGUUUUAAUGCCUGAUCAAUGCGAGGCAGAUUAGUUCAGAAUCUGAGCAUUAGAAAAAAAACAGGAGGGCUCAUUUAGCAGCACUGCUUUGCAGGACGAGCUGCCUGCAGACUCCUCUGAGUUUGGACUGAAUACCGACAAGGGAUUUUUACAGUAUGAACUGUCACUCCAAACCUCGAGGACCAGGGGGGACACGAAAACAGAGAGCGGAAAACUAGCUUCUGACAUUUGGACUCGCGUAAACAAGACAGCUUGCAGCAGGAUCCAAUAAACACUCAGAGGGAUGUAAUGGUGUGGAAACUCUGUCGCUCCCUCAAAUUAUCCCACUUUUGAGUCAGUCCGACAAGGGAUGGGGAGGCGAGCGGCUGACCUGACGACUCCGGUUCCAGUUUUAGGUGUCCCCGCUCUGGUUGGAGUGCGUGGUUUGAAGACAACGGGAGGAGACAGAACUGGAGGGGCCCUGCUGCAAGCGUGGGGACUUCAUUCCAGCAUUGGUGUUCAGACGUCCCCGGGGAAAAGCAGACCACCUACCCAGCACAGUGUAUUGCUAACUGAUACGCUCUCCACGGCAUCAGAUAGAAUUACUCCAACAUCCAACAGCUGUAUUACCAGCGAAACGGAGUACAAGGAGAUAAUACUGCUAACAAAGAGUUACAAGGAGAAAAGGGCUAUUUUAAAACAGAAAUGUGGGGAAUCCAAGACGAAAAAGGAAGUGACUUUCAAAGCACUUGGAGGUGAGGCCUCUAAGGAUGUGGCCUGCAGUCAGAGGAACAGUUGUGGGACUUAUUGCUACGCCAGGGCAAUCAAGACGAACCCGCACUUGGCAGGGAAUGCAACCAGUGUCAGGCCUAAACUCAAAUCUGCCGCCCGCUACAUCAAUGGCAGCGUGGUGGAUUCAGAGGCGAUCGGUGGAAUCAGCGCGGAUAGCGAUGAGGCGGAGCCAGUAAACAGUGCCACCUCUCAUGGAAGGGACCAAAACAGAGUGCAAAGUCAUAAUGCAGAGCAGUCUGGGAGGAUGGCACUGUUUUCUGCUGCCCAACAUUUUGGGAUGCCACGCAAAAUAUGCAUCCUUUGCGGUGGGAGACAGACUGUAACCGCAGGGGCUGCCACUUUGGGGGAGAAAAGCCCUGCUGCUGACGAUUGCCCAUUAAAGUCAGCCCUCACCACGCUUUCAACUACCGCGCUUUUCCAGAUGCCCCAUACUGAGGGAGACACAGACCUCAAGGCAACCCAGCAUCAAACCCCUGACAACAGUACAGACAGAGUCCAUCCACAAAUAUUAUAUCUUAACGAAGAACUGAGGUAUAGAAAAACACCACAUCCGGCAUGUCCGGUGCACUCUAGAGGCAAUCUGGUCCCUUUGUCAUGUGCACAUGCUGCUGCUGAUACAAAAUCCCUUACCCUAACCCAACCCACAACCAUCCUACAAGCUAAAACCAUCACAAAAGCAAGUGUAGAAAUAAGAAAAGAUGACGCAAGUUUAAAAUCCUCUGCAAAACCUACACAGGACGGUAAAAUCCCCCGACCGACGAGUCUCAUGCUGACUCCACAGAUGGCCACGGCCACCAGACCCAACGACCCGCAUUCACACACUUAUCCUAAGCUCGUCAAGAUGCCGCAACACAACUUUAUACAACGGAAUGUGCCUCAAAGUGUGUGUGUAUCUGUGCAUGCUACACCUAAAAAGACUCUGUUGCCAGCUCCCCAUUCAUACACUACAGCCGUGGGACCUGGAAACACCUCCGACACUCACACGACAACCACGACCUUUAACACGGCACUGAUGUCCUCAAAAAUCGCACCUACUAAAGCUGCUAAUGCUGAGGAUGAAAUUAAACUGCUGCAAUCAAUGCACACGACUCGAGUGAACGCGGCAACAAACACAACUGAUAGCCCGCAAAUGUCUCCAAAAUGUCCGACCCUAUCUAAAGCAAGCGAGGCAACAGACAAUGUUGAUAAAGGAGACGCAAGUGUACGACAUAGGGCUGCAAGUCCGCCAUCUACUUCACGCAAUCCAUCUCAGAAACCACAAGAAAGUCCAUCGUCAAAGGUUAACGUUAGCCCACCUGCACGUCCCCAUUUGGCUCAUACACCCCAGAGCACUUUGUAUCAUAACCCUGCUUCAGAUCAAACUAGACAUACAACCAUUAAGCGUGACGCUAAAUCUGAGGCGAGACAAUUUCACCCGAUUCAACCAAUGUCCUCAAAUUCUGAGCCUGCAAUUCAUGAACCUACAGCGUCAGUUAACACUGCAGCAAGUGCAACUGGACCCCCACGUUCAAGACCCCGGUUUCCUUCAAGUCCCGGUUCCCCAUCUACACAUCACAAGACUGUAUUUAAAAGUAUUGCCCUCAAGAACUACUCAGGCAGCAUGAAAAAUGUACCGUCUACAGCCAGCUCCUCAUCACCGACAUUGACAGAAAGACAAAGAAACGUCUGUGUAUCAAGCACAACUAUGCUUCAGCCAGCAGACAGAAAACAAGAAGAACUUUAUCGUAACGAAGCGUCACGCAAAAAUAAACCCGGUCAUGCAACUCCAGCCAAUGAAAACUCUGCUUUCUGCUGCGUUUCCAAUCAGGAACACAAGUCCAAAACAACUCUGCUUAUAUUAUCUAGGCCACCGAAUGUGUCAAAAAGCCAUAACAGAGACAGUGGUGCGAGCGCCCACAAUUCUGAAUCAAUAAUGAAUCCCGACGCUGAAUCACAAACUGAUAAGAACAAAUUCGGUGGUAAUCUAAGCAACGAAUUUGUGUCGCAUGAGUCAAAACGCCAGGAAAAUUCAAAUCUAUCACAGGUCACUAAGCUUCAGAAUCACAUUUCCUUAAUUAAGUCAAGCAGCAUUUGUCUGCAGGGCUGCAUAAACACAGAACAGCAAAGGGUUGCGCAAGGAUACACAAAAACAGAGCAUGAGGGAUACUGUGCUCCUGUCCCACCAGUGAAAAGAGCCCAGGAGACAGAUUCAAACGCAGAACAUUUUACCUUGGGUGUAUCACCCAGGCAUGCAAAUAUAAAGCUUAAAUCCCAUGCAGAUAAACAGACACAUUCCACUUCUGUCACAGCACAAACUAACUUCCAUAGCUCAUCAACGGCAAACACUAGAGGACAAGUUGACCCCAACCCCUCAUCUCCUGUCCAUCAAGACUCUCAUACAGAUACAUCCUCUCUUCUGCAAGCUCAUGCAGGUCUUCCCGUCACUGCACCAGCCACAUUGAAAAUCGAGGAAGAUCUUUGUGCACACACAGGCCCUGGUUGUAAUUUCAUUUUGCAGUCGUCAAAAAUGCACUUGGUAUCCCAGCCCCGGCCCCAGUCCCGCGAGGCAGAGGCAAUCGCCAGAGCGGAUUCGAACUCGAGCCCUGCUCCCCCCCGGCCCUGCCCGGUGGACUCCAGCCUGGCUCACUCCCACCCGGCUGAUGCAGCCAUGUUGCUGCCCAGCUCCCCACAGUGCUGCAAAUCAGCAGCCCUACAGCAGAAGCUGGAGACGGUGGAGGCCAGCCUGGCAGCCAACAAGGACAGGAUCACUACUCUGCUUAACAUUAUCCACGACCUCGAAACAUGCCACACACCCACCAGCGGUCGGCGAUGCUUCAAAACUGGAAAGGACCUGCAGAACUGCUCGACCUGCCAGAAAACUGCUUGUAUAAUCUACAGUGUGGAGUACGACUUCAGGCAGCAGGAGAGACGCUUCGCGGAGGUUCUGAAUCGCUCGGCGGGGGGGAAUAACGCUUUCUCCAUGCAUCUGUCCCCGCAUUUGAACUUCGGCCUGCUCAGAAAAGUCAUCAUUAAGAGCUUAACAAAAUCAAGAGUGAAAAGCAAAAAGCUGUGCAAGACUCUCUUCAAAUGGCUGCCCAGGAAAAUCCAGCAGGUGUAGAUCUCUUCACAACAGCCUGGUGCUGUUUGACAGCCAUUAGCCUGUGUUCCCAAGUGACCAGCAGAAGCCUCUGCAGUGGACUUUCGUGAUUCGCCUCCUCCUCACAGAAUGGGAUUACUCUGAAUUAGGUUCUUGCCCGGUGGAGUUCCACUCCCCUGCACACUGUCAAUGCUUAUAAGCAGGAUUUUGUACUCAAACGUGCCCCUUCUCUUUGUGACCUUCACCAUCACCCCAAAGGAUUUCUAUACAUCACUUUUGGAAAAUUUAAGGUUCAUUUGUCCUCAACUUGCCUGCUGGAAAAUUAAUCACUCACCACGGCCUCAGAUUUAAUUUAAAUUUCCGAAUGAGAACCUGUUCUCUUAAGACUGUUAUGAUUGAUGCACUACAAGUUUCCCCAAGAAGACAUUUCUCCUUCAUCUGUCCCCUAACCUGCUUCUCCUCAGAAUAAAUGUGCGAGAUGAAUCAAGUUUUUGAGAUGAUUUAUUAAAUGCAUCUGAAUUUACUGACAGUUGAUUUGUCUGUAAAUCUGUUUGUCUAUC